AUGAAGUGUGGAAUCUGCAGCAGCUCAAAAAUAGAGACGGACACAGCCCGCGAUAUAAGCUACUGCACCUCCUGUGGGCUCGUCAUUGAAGAGAGUACGAUCGUUUCAGACGUACAAUUCGCCCAAGACACAAAAGGAUCUUCUGUCCUGCAGGGGCAAUACAUCAGCACAGGAGACAGUAAGAAACUAGUCGCUGGGAAGUUUAUAACAACAAAUCAUACAGCAACGAUAAAAGCAAUGGCUAAGUCCAUAGGAGAGUCCCUGGGAAUAGGAGAGACGCAAAUUAACUCCGCCAUGCGCUGGUACAAUCUCUCCCUGCAGUUUAACUUUACGCGGGGGAGAAAGACGCAAGUCCUCCUGGCAGCCUGCUUAUACAUAACCUGCAGGGAGGAAGAGACUCCGCAUAUGCUCGUGGACUUUGCAUACGUCCUGCGAAUUAACGUCUUCAAAAUCGGAAGUGUUUUCCUGAAGCUGACUCGCCUCCUGAAUGUUUCUGUUCCCCUCGUGGACCCUUCUCUUUUUGUCCCGAGAUUCUGCAGUAAAUUGCAGCUCUCCGGACAGGGAAUUCCAAAGACAGCUCUCCGCCUGAUCUCCCGAAUGGACAGGGACUGGAUCGUCAUAGGAAGAAAGCCCGCGGGAAUAUGCGGAGCUGCAAUCCUCAUCGCAAGUCGCAUCCACGGGAGCGAGAGAACAGUCGAGGAAGUCGCCUCCGUCGUGAAGGUGUGCGAGGCCACGAUAAACAAAAGACUCUCGGAGAUGAAGGAGACAGCGAGUGCUAGCCUCUCCAUCCGGGAGUUCAACACGAUAUGGCUCGAGAAGGAGGAAGAUCCCCCGAUUGUGAAGAUGCGCGGGAAAGUGGCAGGGUCCAGUCCCAUCCCAGGAACCCCCAAGGGAAA